GACUUUUAAAAUUAUCGAUACCCGUCGAAAUGUUCAAACAUUUGGUCGCCGUUGCCGUGGUGCUCCUGUCGAGUCACUUUGCGGAACUCGAAGCUCACUCCGUUCCGGUCACUAACCUGAAGAGGGUGCAGCAAGAUGGUGCUCCGCUUUCACCGAUACUCUGGACCAAUUUGAAUCCAGAGGACGAUGUCCAAGUGCUCCCGCCGGUUAUAACGACCAAUUUGGACCCCGAAGAAGAGGUCGAGGUCCUGCCGCCGUCGGUGCAAGAGCAAAACGAAGACGAAAAGCUUGACCUGCCGAAGGAGAAGGAGGUCGAAAAACCUGCCGCCCAAGGGAGCGACGAAGACAGCGGUAGCGGCGAAAGCGACGAGAAAAAAGAGAGAAACGACAGCGACGACAGCGACAGCGAUGAAAGCCGAGGAAAGGAUAACAGCGACGACGAAGAUGAGAAGCAACAGAAAGACGAAAGCGAGGAACGAAAAGAGGACGAGAGCGAGGCAGUAGAAGAUAAAGAAGAGAAGGAAGACCGCACCCAUGAAGAAAAAGAUUAUGAUGACGAAGAUGAGAAGGCACAGAAACAAGAAAGCGAGGAAAAAAAAGAGGAUGAGAUCGAGGCAGUAGAAGAUAAAGAAGAGAAGGAAGACCGCACCCAUGAAGAAAACGAUGACGAUGAUUAUGACCAGGAAGAUGAGAAGGCACAGAAACAAGAAAGCGAGGAACAAAAAGAGAAAGAGAGCGAGGCCGUAAAUGAGAACGAAGAGAAAGGUGAUAAAGACGAAGAUGAGAAGCAACAGAAAGAAGACGACGAAAAACCAAAAGAGAACGAUGGCGAGGUCGUAGAAGAAGAAGAAGCGAAGGAAGGCGAACAGGAAGAAGAUAAUGAACAAGAAACUGGGACGGAAGAAGUGCCAGAAAAAAAUGAAGACGCCGAAGAGGAAAAUGACGAAGACAAAGUAGAAGCAGGAAAAGACGACGGUGAGGAAGCAGAACAAGAUUCAGAUGGUCCCGCGAACGAUUCAAAAGAUCCCGCGGCGGAAGUCGAUGUCGAAAAAGAGGAUGGAAAAGUCGAAGCCGAAGUAGAGAAGGGGGAAAGCGACAUCUUACUCUCCGAGUGCAAGCAGUGCUUCGGGCAGCUGCUUGAACUCAUUGUCGCCCUACAGGGUGCCUUUUAAACGAAUAAAUAUUUUCAACUGAA